CCCCUUGUCAUGGCGCUGAGGCGGCGGCCGGCGGUCCGGCUCUGCGCCUGGCUGCCCGACUUCUUCCUAGUACUGCUUUUCAAGGGUUGCUUGAUCGGAGCCGUGAAUCUCAAAUCCAGCAACCGAACCCCAGUGGUACAGGAAUUUGAAAGUGUGGAAUUAUCUUGUAUCAUUACGGAUUCACAGACAAGUGACCCCAGGAUUGAGUGGAAGAAAAUUCAAGAUGACCAAACCACAUAUGUGUUUUUUGACAACAGAAUUCAGGGAGAUUUGGCAGGUCGUGCAGAACUAUUGGGGAAAACCUCUCUAAGAAUCUGGAAUGUGACCCGGACAGACUCAGCCCUUUAUCGCUGUGAGGUGGUUGCUCGAAACGACCGGAAAGAAAUUGAUGAGAUUGUCAUUGAGUUAACUGUUCAAGUGAAGCCAGUCCCUCCUGUGUGCAGAGUCCCGAAGGCUGUACCUGUAGGCAAGACGGCCACGUUGCACUGCCAGGAGAGUGAGGGCUACCCCCGGCCGCACUACAGCUGGUACCGCAAUGAUGUGCCGCUGCCCACAGACUCCAGAGCCAAUCCUAGAUUCCGAAAUUCCUCUUUUCUCUUAAACUCUGAAACAGGCACUCUGGUUUUCAAUGCUGUUCACAAGGAGGACUCUGGGCAGUAUUACUGCAUCGCUUCCAAUGAUGCAGGCUCAGCCAGAUGUGAGGAGCAGGAGAUGGAAGUCUAUGACCUGAACAUCGGUGGUAUUAUUGGGGGAAUCCUGGUGGUCCUCGCUGUACUGGUCCUGAUCACUGUGGGCAUCUGCUGUGCGUACAGACGGGGUUACUUCAUCAAUAAUAAGCAGAAUGGCGAAAAUUAUAAGAGUCCGGGGAAGUCAGAUGGAGUGAACUAUAUCAGGACAGAUGAGGAGGGCGACUUCAGACACAAAUCAUCAUUUGUGAUCUGAAAUCUGAUGGUGUGGCUGAGAGAGCACAUGCAAAUACCUCUACCAGAAACUCCUAUCAAGAGCAGCCCGGGAGCCAAGUGCACUUGGACAGAGCUAGACACUUGCGCAAAAGCUUUUUGUUUUGGCCAAAGUUGACCGCUACUCCUUUCUUACUUUUUAACAUGCCACAUGAAUAAAAGAAUUUUCCUCGAGAUGGGCAUAGUCAUCACAAGGGGGAAAAAAAAAACACACAACUGUAUUUCUCUGAGGCGGAUUCCCAGUCUGUUUCUGGCCUGGCUCCCACCUGAGCGUUAAGGUGAGCGGAAAGCUCUUGCUCAUAGAGGCCGGGCUGGGCACUGUGGCCUACGAAGCCAGUUUAUUUGCCGCUCACUUACAUCAGCUCAGGUGAGUCCUGUGUGUGGGGCCAUCAGGCAGCCACAUAGCACCAGCAUUGCAGGGCUGCAGCACCCUGCAGCUGCAGAGUUUGAACAGUGAACCCAGAAAAGAGGCGUUUUAUGUGAUGGUCUUGUUUCACAGCUGCCCACAGCCAGCACUGCAGAUUCUUCCUGAAGGUUUUGUUGAUCAGUAUUUUAGUGUCCAUAUUGGAAAAUCUAUUUGGAUCAGAAUUUUAUAAAAACAGCCCAAAUCAGGAAGGUAAAUUGCUUGUCCAUGCGGGGGAGGGGGCGGUAAUAUUUACAUACAAACCUUCAUCUUGGGCAAAAUCUGAAAUGGUACUGAAAUAAUGCUCUGCUUUUCUAUGGGUGUUUAUUUUAUAAAAUUUUACAUUCUAAAUUUUUGCUAAAGAUGUAUUUUGGUUAUUGAAAGGAAAAUUCUAUUUAAACUGUAAAUAUGUUGUCAUACAGUGUUAAAUACCUAUUUUUUUAAAAAAAUUUUCAACUUAAGGUAGGAGUUCCAAGCUACUAGUGUUAAAUUGGAAAAUACCGAUAAUUAAAAGAGUAUUUUAACCCCAAAAAAAUCCUCUCGAGGAAGCUUACUGGAACAUUCCUUUUUCCCCACAUAAGUUUCAGCAUUUUUCACAAGAUAACUACAUUGUCUAUACAUCAGAUCAUUGUUACUUAGGAAACUUUUUAAAAAAUCCAGUUGAAUAAUGUCAAAAUCUGUUUUCAUCUCUCCAGAAGAAAAUGUAAGCUCUAAGGUUGGCUUUGAACAGUCUCUUCCUAGAUUACUCAGACUACCUAAGCCCAGAGACACCACCCAUAAGUGGUUGGAUGUACCUGUGAAACCAUGUUAGCCCACCCCCGGGCUUGAGUCCUGCACCACGCUCUAAGUUGAUAUUGGCUACUAACUUUGAAGGCUAGCCAGCAUGUGCACUGCCAUCUUUAUUGGCCUGACAGUGGCUUUGUGUGCUGAUUAGCUUUAUAUUUAUAGUGUUGGACAGUUAGUUGUAAGGUGGACAUUUCAAGAAGGGUGGGUGUCUUCCCUGUGGUAUCCCAGCCUUUGGAUCCCGUGACAGAGCUCUUUGUUUGUGGAUGGCUCCUGAAACAAAGCAGCCUCUGCUAUUUGGUUUUAAAAUUCAUUUUACUUAUUUGUGUAGUUCAUAAGAUUGUCCAGGGCCAAAGGCCGUUCUAAAAACUACAAUAAUGUUUUUUAAGAAAAUGAAUUCCACUCUUCCUCUUUGCCAUGAAGAAAGCACAGAGACACCACAGGUUGUGUCUCACUUCACAAUAAACCCAUUGUGUGGUGGCGGUGAGGCCAUCCCUUUGAAGAACAUCAGGUAUUGCAGCCAGAGCAGAAAGCCUGAUGGUAAGGAAAGCGAAAUGCCUGAAUCAAAGGCCAUUUUCUGAUUUUUUUUAUUUUAAAGUCUUUAUCUACCCAAGACACUGCUGCUCACUGGGUGUGGGACAUUAGAAACAUCAUUCAAAAGCCUUUGUUCUUCAAGAGCAGAUGUUCUUCACCUUAGAUUGCUGUGUUAAACUCAUGAUGUGAAGCUGUUUGAAGAGGGAGCUUCUCAGAAGAGCGCCUCCAGUCCCAGUGCCUCCAGUGUGCUUCAAGGAUGGUUUUUAUCCAGAAGGAUAGAGUCAUCUUGGGAUUAAACUUCCAGUGUCUUAAUUUUUUAUACUUGGAGGGUUUUUUUUUAAUUGAAUACUUGAGACUUAUGUUGACUUUUCUUUUUUAAGUUCUGUGAAUACUCUGCCAUGGGGUAUUUGGCAGAAGUGGUGGGCAACUCUUCAUAAUUGCUUAAUGGUACCCAUCUUCUUUUGCGUUUGUGUCUUGAAUGCUUACACUUAAGAUAUCCCUUCAUCCUCACCCCAUCUUGGUAGAAAGGGAUAGUGUCCCUGUUCUCUAAUUGUUGGGGAGCAACACUCUAGCUGCCAUAUUGGUUGUCCAAGUGAUAGGAUGGCCUUGUUGACUCCCUUCUUGUGACCACAACACCUCCUAGUGCCAUGUGAACUGGGUCUGACAGAAGUGAGUAUGGAGUCUGGGAAGUUGUUGCCUAAUACUGUAAAAAUGUAGACAGAAAAGGAACAUUCAUGUGUUUUUAAGAUGUGAAUGUGACUGAAGACUCAAAGCUUCUAUAAGGCUACUGUGGCCUCUGGUGUGGCUGUUGCUGUACAUAGACGUUGCAGACUUGUACUAACACACCUAUAAGUUGGUAUUUGUUAAACCUCAUUUAUAAAAGCUUUUAAAAAA